AUGAAGAAAGAAAGAGCCAGAAGAAACUCCAAAACAAAAGGCCAACAGUCAUCAUCCAAAACAACAACAAAUAAGAAGCCAAGCAAAUGGGAGGACCCAAAUUAUGUGCAGAUCAAGAGCAACAUGCUCUCUUUUGCAACAACAAUUGACAACAUCAGACAGAGACUUGAACGUCGGCACGAUGUCUUAACACUGCUAUCAAAGACACCUUUUUGGGCAUUAAUAGAAGCAUAUAUCCAGAGAAGGUUAACAAAGGUAGAGUGCAUGAAGUCUAACUACGACAUUGUGAGACUCAUACAAGUUUAUGACACAAAGACAAAGAAGUUCAAGUUUAAUGAUGUUGACAGCGAGAUGAAAAGCAAUGAUGUGGCUGAAAUUUUUGGCUUGCCAAACAGUGGCAAGAAGUUACCAAGCACAACAACCUCAACAAGGCCAAAAUUGCAGUUUGUAGAGAAAUACUUCGCGUGGUAUAAGAAGAUAACAAAGACUUCAAUUGAUAAGUGCUUGAAUUUAGCACUUGAAGAUGAAACAGAAGAGGGUGCUAUGGAUGUAACAAGAUUGAUAAUCCUACAAUUCUUCAUGACCAAUCUAUUCUGCAACUCUGGUUGUACACUUGCUUGGACAUAUACAACCACAAUAGACACCUUAGAAGAGAUGGGGAAAUAUAAUUGGGCUCGAGGAGUUUUGGACUACAUGUAUUUUGGAUUAGAACAAGCAAAGAAGAACAAGAAGGACAAAAAAAAGCAGCCAAGCGUGAGUGGCUGCCUAAUCCUAAUACUGUAUUGGCUGUGUCAAAGAUCUAACCUGCUCACUCCAAUUCCUGGAAGAGAACAAAUGACACCAGCUGCUGUCAAAUGGAGUCUUCAAGAACUCAGCGCGAAGCUUCAUCAUCUAAAGAACAACCAGAUAAAGAUAAAAAGCACUAAAGCUCAAGAGCCAUAUGAUGAUUCUGAAGAAGAGAAUGAAGAGGAGGAUGAUGGUGCUGAAGAAGUGAAUGAAGAGCAUGAUGAUGAUGAUGCUGCUGAAGAAGUGAGUGAAGACAAGGAUGAUGCUGCUGAAGAGGUGAAUGAAGAGCAUGGUGAUGCUGCUGAAGAAGAAAAUGAAGAGGAGGAGGAUGCUGAAGUGAAUGGAGACCAUGAUGAUGCUGCUGAACAUCAAGUCCAGCAACACCACCAGGUACAAGAAGACCUCCAAAAUGAAAUCCCAGAAUACCGGAAUUCAACGUUGUUUGAGGAAAUUGUUAGAUCAGUACCAGAAUACAAGGAGGAUGAAAUACAGCUUACAAAAGAGUAUAUGAUGGCGAUCAAUAAUGCUGCUGAAUAUUGGACGAAGAAAGGAGAGCAUCAAAAGAUCCGAAAAUCCUACAUGACAAAGCUGCAGCUAGAAAAUGAUCAACUUCUUGCAGAGAAGAUUUCCUACUUGGACAUUAUUAAUGAAAAGGAAGCUGUUAUUGUCUCGUUGAGAGAUCAAAAAUUAGCGCAAGAACUGCAGAGUGAAGAGGAUAAAGAAGAAAAGAAAGAAGGUGAAGCAGAAAAGAUAAAAUCAAGAAAACCAGAUUCCUCAUUCCCUAAAGCAGAGACGAGAGCACAAAAGAGAAAGGCACAAAAAAAAACCAGCCAAAUCAAAGAAGAGGGCCAAAGUGAUAGACAUGCAUUAGAUAUAGGAUUUCAUAGGAUACAAGCAGUGUUAUUACCCUAUACUGGAACUUUACAAUGCACUGCUUUUUGGCAAGGGACAAGCAUUUUGUUCAAAGAUGACAUACAAAGCUUAUUAAGAGAUACUGAAAUUUAUGGACAAAUCAUAGAUGCGUAUGCCGAGAUACUUCAUCAUGAUGAAAGGAAGGACCCCAAAAAACAACAGAAUGCAUACAUCACGUGCUACACAUACAGGUAUCUCACAGAUAAAAUGCACCCAAGAACAUUCGAUGAAUAUUUUGUCAAACUCCUUGAAUGCAUAGGGAAAACUUCAAAGGUGUUUAUACCAAUAACGGAUGGCGGACACCACACCCUGCUUGUCUUCGACACCAAUUCAUUGCAAUGGACGCACUACAACUUAUUGAGGGGGGAAACUGAGCAAACCGUUGAAUACUACAACAAAAAAGCAAUAAUUUUGGCAGACGCAACAAAUGUCUUCCUCAAUAGUGUCAAGGAAUGUGCUCCAACAAUUUUAGAAAAAAACAGCUUCCCACUUCUUGAGUUCAAGAAGCCCGUCUACAAUGAAGAAUUGACCGACGAGAUUGCAAAACUUCUUCGAACCCUGAAAGUUACACCAGCAAUUGCUCAAACAAUACAAUAUCUUAUGAAACAUGAUCCCACCAAAUUCAACUUUAAGGAGGACAGGGAAUGCGCCCAACAACCUGAAAAGUCAAACGAUUGUUGA